AUGGCGCAGGAGGAAAGCAGGACUCGGAGGAGCCGCUGGGAGCAGCCAGGGAAGCUGGGUGCCCCGAGGGAGCGGAGCCGCAGCGAGUGGGCGGCCCGAGAGACAGCGCCAAGCUGGGAGAGGGAGUGGGAAGGAACCAAAGGUAUCGGUGAAGAAAGACAGGGAGAAGCUGGGAGUGGCGGGGGAUGUGGGAGGCAAGGAGACAGGAGCCCACCGCAUGGGGAAGGAGCCUGGCUGCCCAGCGAUGGGUUUGUGGGCUGCCUCGCCGAAGGAGGAGCAGCCCCAAGGAUGCCGCUUGGUGGCUACGGGAGCAGGGAUGGAUCAAGCCGUUCCUAUGUCCCCAGCCUGGUCCCCGUUCGCUCCUUCGCGUGGUCCGGGUGCCGCGCGCAGCUUCCCACAAUGCUGUUUGCAGGGCCCCGCGUGGCCGUCAAGCGCCCCGCCGCCACCGUCAGGUCGAAAAUCAAGUUCACCACUGGCACCUGCAACGACGCUGCGAUGCAUAGCUGUGAGCUGUGCGGCAAAGGCUUUCGUCUGCAGCGCAUGCUCAACCGUCACAUCAAGUGUCACAGCCAGGUGAAGAGACACUUGUGCACGUUCUGCGGGAAAGGCUUCAACGACACCUUUGAUCUGAAAAGACAUGUCCGGACCCAUACUGGAAUUCGUCCUUACAAAUGUGAGGUUUGCAACAAAGCAUUUACCCAGCGGUGUUCUCUAGAGUCCCAUCUUAAGAAGAUCCACGGAGUGCAGCAACAAUAUGCCUACAAACAGAGGCGAGAUAAACUCUAUGUGUGCGAAGAUUGUGGCUACACGGGCCCCACGCAGGAGGACUUAUAUCUGCAUGUUAGUAAUGUUCACCCCGGAAGUGCUUUCCUGAAAAAGACCUCAAAAAAACUUGCAGCAGUUUUGCAAAACAAACUGAGCCCUGUCCUUCAGAGGAACUCCAAAGAAGACGACAAAGAUGAAUAA